UUAUCCAGCCCAUUCACUCGCGCUUAUCCAACCCAUUCACUCGCGCUUAUCCAACCCAUUCACUCUGGCACUAGUCUUUGUGCGCCUUCCGCUGCCUUCCACGCCCUACUGCAUUACUGUAUGCCUUCGCUCACGCCAACAACAAGCGGCAGCCUGCGCCCGCUCUCCUCGCAGCCUGUCGUUCACGAGGUUGCCACCACGGCACGCUACGCUACGCUAGCCGCCUUGGGCCUAACCACGCUGCUCUGCCAUGGCCCCCAGGACUCCCCAGCUGCUGCCACCCUGCGAAUCCCAAAGCAGCACCGUCCCGACAUCAUUUUUCUUGGAUAUCAGGGUCCAGCCACUUCUACACCUCCUAUUCAGCGUCAUCGCCGUCGCAAAGUUGAAUUGCCCAUUUGUCUAGAGUCUGUCUCGAAUGUGUCUAGACCUCGGAACCUCCGACACACUACCCAGGUAGGCCACUUUGUAGAUAGCCGUUGGACGCUCGGCAACCCACAUCACUCCCAUUCUGAAGUCAUAACAACGUCUGCCGUUUCAAUAACCUCUGCUCGCCAAAGCAUUGCGUCUUUGCUUAUGCCGAAGGAACACACCCUCUCGCAGGCCCACCCAUGCGGCACGAGUCGCGGAAAAAGUAACUUGCGCCGCCUAUCAUGAUGACGUCGACCAUGUUUCAAGCACACCUGGGGAACACAAUGCUUCUUUGAACAAAUAAA